UAGCUUAUAAUACACAAACGCGAGAAACACUGAAGGCUACUGCUGCGCUUCUGUGACUAUUAUAUGUGUAUAUUAUAGUGUUAUAUAUUGUUUGCUUGAGUCCGAGGCAAAUGAUUAUUGCUUUCAUCCGUCGUUUGAUAAUAACCUCGGGUGUGCUUAUCAACGGUCAAGUUCCUCGAAGAAGCUUUUAGUGAUUAGUUCCUCGACGCGCGACGAGGCCCCGAGCGAAGAACGGCGCAGUUCCUCGCGAGAAACAGUUGUCAAAAAAAAAUCAACUCUCUGUGGCUGAGCGCACAACAUAACCUGCAACGCUCGAUCGUGCGCUCGUUGUUAUUUUAGUUUCUCGUCGUACUUCAACUCGAUUCUGGCCAAGCUGCGAGUGCGAUUGUUGAUUGAUGACAAGUGCUUCGAGUCGCUGUUAUUGUUUUUUUCAUUGACAUGCCGCGGCAUCGCUCGUGAAGUGUCUAGAAUCGAACUUAGUGCACGAGCCUCUAGGCUAAUGAUAAUUGGAUAAGGACAUUAUGAUCAAUGAUUAAUAGUUGAUAAAGAUCUUUUCCAAUGGUUUGAGAUCUAGUGUUUGGAAAGUAUGCUAAACAACAUACAAAAUAUUCAUGUACAUACUUAUUUGAGUAGUUUUAAUUAGAUAACAUUGUCGAAAUCAAUGUUCAAUAAUUAUGAUCAUGGAAUACUAGGUAUUGUAAAGCAUCUUCUAAUGUCAAAAUGUAUUGUUGACGUUGUCAUACACGUACGUUGAUACUAUAAUAUUUUCAUUAGCCUUUACCAAAGUAAUGCAAUAUAUACUAAUACGCUUUUAAAUGCAUAAGGAUGAGUCUGUGCAACUGCCUGUAAUACAAGUCUGAUAUCAAUUUAUUGGAAGUGGUUCCAAAAUUAUUUUUAUGAUUAUGCAGUUAUUGCUCAUAGCGAGUGACUUAUUUAACAAUGAAGAUCUUGAACUCAAAACAGUCAAACAUGGACAAUAAGUCUAAAUUUGCAGAUAGAUUCAACGUUUUGUUGAAUAAUGAAACUCCAAAUGGAAUAGAUCCUUACAUAUUCAAUGACACAGAGCCUUACGUGGCACCAGGUGGAAAAAACAUAAAGUUGAUAGCUCCUAAAAACUCCAAAACACCUAGUAAUACGAUAAAUAGACAUAAGUCAAAAGGAAAAUGUUUUAAAACAAAGAUCAAAGCUGAGUCUUCGCUCAGUAAUUGUUUUAAUGCUAACACACUAACAGAAGUCAAUAGCAAUUCUGUAAAGUCGCAUUCAGACAAAUUACUCGCGCUACAGCAAAGAAAGAAGUACCUGAAAGAGUUGGAGCAAUUAAAGGAAAAACGCAAAAGCCGCGAUCAUGAUUUGUCAUAUUAUUCAAAAGCCGGCGAUGAAAUAUCGGACAGCGAAUCGAGCGGCGACGAAGUAUACGUCUGUCAACGGCAUUGGUAUUCGAACGAACCGGAUACGACUUUAUCGAGAUCGGCUCGCUUAUCUCUCACACGCGCCCAGUUGCAGAGGAAACUUCAGCAGUUGCAGGUGGACGACAAAUUGUACACGGAAAUUUUGCGAAAAAAUAUGGAGUCGUUAACGAAGGCAGCGGCACUAGAUCCAACAACGUCAGGUCGGAUAUUGAACGGCUCGCCGAGCAAGAAGAGGAACGCGGAAAAUACCGGACCCGCGAUCGUCGGUACCACUUGCAGCGUGACGGAUUGCAAUCUCACGUCGCUCCCGUGCACGCGGCACUGCGCGAAACACAUAAUGCUGAAUCCCGAGCAGCGACUGUUCGAGCAUUGCACGGCCAAGUUCAGCGACAACACCCAGUGCUGCGUGCCGGUGUUCGACGUCGCCCACGAAUUGCCGCUCUGCCUCGAGCACGCUCGCAAGAGGGACAACUAUCAUCGCAGAGCGCAGGAGUCGAAACCGAAGAAGCCGCGCAGCAAAAAGCCCACACCGCCCCCGGUGAUACCGGUGACGCCGACGAACAGUGUUUGCAUGCCGGUGGGCAGCGGUAGCGUAGGCAAAAACAUUUGCAACAACGCCCUGGUACCGGCAGUGGCAGCGGCAGUGCCAACAGCUCCGUCAGUGGCGCCCAUCAAACCGACCAAGGUGAAAUCGAGACCAAAGAAAAAGAAGAGGCCACCGUCGCGAGAUAAGGUGGAGGUAUUCAAUGUCACAACGAGCCACGAGCCACCCGAGCCAACGCCGCUUCCACCGACACCUCCACAGCAGCUGCAGCAGCAACAGCAACAGCAGCAGCAGCAGCCACCACAGCAGGCACUGCAGCCGCAACAGCAACAACAGCAGCAACAGCAACUACCACAGCAGCAACCACAACAACUGCAACAACCGCAACCACCACAGCAUCAACAACAGGCACAACCGCAAGUUCUGCUACCGCCGCCGGAUCUCGUUGUUCCGCCGAUUUUGGAACCCAUACCAGACACAGUACCGGCUAAUCUUCUGGCCGAUGAGAAUCACUUUGUGAACUCGCUGAUAACCGGCAAUGAAAUAGUUGAUCAAAAGACAUUGAACAAUCUCAACGUUGGCUACAAUCCAGCGAUCAUGCCGAACAACCAAAUAAACAAUUUGAACAGUUUAGCACUUGAUAUCGGCACAUUGGGUCUGACUAACGAAGUUUUUGCGUCGCUGGACCACGCGACGGAGCACGAAUUCGAAAAUGCUCUCAUUAAUUUGCCCCCGGAUGCUUUCAACGAUCUUUUUAUUGAAACCAGAAAUGGUGAAUUCGAACCAUCUCGAGAAGAAGAAGAAGCUUUAGUCGAAGCAUUUGAAAAAGAUGUAAGAAAUCUUGAACGUAUGGGUACAACACAUGGACUUCUUGAACCAUCUCUAUUGGCUCAGCUCAUGUCAGACAUGGCCUCAUAGCCCUCGUCCUCGUAAUUUUUUAUUUAAGCACUAUUCAGCGAUUUUAUUAUUUAAAAAAUAUAUAUUCAUUAAAUAUAUAUGUAUGAUUUUUCAUAUCGAAUAGAAGCGAUUUAUAGUAUAGGCAGCCAAAGUUUUCAUGAAUGUGUGGUAAUAUUUUUUUUUUUUACAAAAUAUUCAUCAUAAAUUGUAUAGAAGUGCUAUUAAUCACUUACUUUGAGUUUAACAAUGAACAAAUUUAUUAAUUUGAUUUACUGCACAUAGAUGUGCGCUUACCUUACAAAAAACAAAGCGAGUGUGUUUGUCGUUGUCUAAAUGUAGGUGAUUAUAAUUUUAACAUAAAAAAAAUCAUUAAGUAGGUUUCGAAUCUUGUUAUACAAAUACAUUAACAUAGCUUUAACAUAAUAUUUUUUUGUCUAUAACUGAUUUGAAUGUUUGAUCAUCAUGUACAUUAGGAAUGUUUUGUAUACUAUGUGUGAAUGGAAUUUUGGUACUUUAAAGGGAUUCGUAAUAAUACAUAAUGAUUAAAUGCAAAACACUAGUUUAUUUGCCAAUCGCGUGAAGACCCGUUUACGAAAAUUAUACAGUUAAAACUCACAUGCGCUUAUUCUAAAUACAAACAGGUAUUAGAAACAUGAAAAAUGACUUUGAAAAGUUGAAUGAUCCAAAUGUAUAAAUUGAACUUGAAAAAACAUUAUAACAAUGUAUCACUUAAUGAUAAAAGUUGCGAUUUAGGGAUAUUAAAUACAUAUAUUUCUUAUGUAUAUUCUCAUUUACUAA